AUGGAGGACCUAUACGGAGACUUGGACACGUCCACGAGCGCGCUCGAGAAGAGAGAAGCAGUACAACAAAAGACGCAAGUCGAGCAGGAAAACGCGCGACUACGCCGCGAGUUGGCUCAAUUGCAGGCACAAAAUCGUCAAUUAGGCGCCGCGCACAAGCAACUGGAGAUCAACAUCUCGACACUCUUUGCCACGGCGCAACUGGAACUCGGACGUAAGGACAAGGAGAUCCAACGGCUGAGAAGUCAAUUGGAAGAGCAAGGACCGGCUAUGAGACGAUGA